AUGACCGACCAAAAGAAUGCUUUCGAGGCCAUUUCAAGCGAUAAUCGCGGCGCUAUCAUCACGCUGACCUCGGUAUCCCUUCUGAUCGUGGCCAUCAUUUUUGUGCUCGCUAAGCUCGCCUCGGUAGUGUAUUUCAAGCAGCGACGGACGGCAGUCAAUACUCCCAUCUGGGUCGCUUUGGUUCUUGCAAUUGUUCAAGUCGUUGUCUUACAGAAGGCGGUUGAGAAUGGACUGGGAAAGCACCAGAGCCGGCUGAGCGAAGGCGACAUCCAAGCCUGGAGCAAGUUCGCCUUCGCUGCUCACAUUUUGUUCAUCUUUGUCAUGGUGCUUUCAAAAAUGUCGACUAUCCUGCUGGUUUGGAAGUUAACGCCAAGCCAGAGCUUGCGUCGCAGCUGUGUAAUCACCGCUGGUAUAGUUGUCGGAUGGUCGAUAUUCGCAGUAUUGAGUAUAGCUUUCCAGUGCGGAUUGCCCGAUCCGUGGCUAUACUCCCCCAAUCGAUGCGCUGGAGAGGGUGCCCUGCUUUACCCGAUCGUAGUCUUCAAUAUCCUCACGGAAGUUAUCCUUGUCGUUCAACCGUUCAUGAUGAUGCGAAAUGUCCAGAUGGCCUGGGACAAGCGGGUUAAAAUCCUGUGCUCUUUCUCUUCGCGCAUAAGUAUCGUCGGCCUCGGGAUUGCCCACCUCGCCCUCAUACCUUCAUUCGUUCACUCAACCGACGUUUCCUGGGACAUAGUAAGCUGGGAAACAGUCGGCCAGGCAAUGAUGCUCACAACUAUCGUCAUUGCCUGCGUCCCAACCCUCUACCACAUCUUUGCCGGCCUUCACUCUGGCCUGACAACAACCCAGAUCCCUGACGGGAUCGGGCUCGAGCUCCCGCAGACCAAGCUCAGUGGGUAUAUCAAUCAGUCCUCUUCGGGAGCAAGCCAGUCCCAUACGCGGUUGCAUUCGCAUGGAUGGUUGAAGAAGAAUGGACGGUCAAUGUUUGAUGGGUGGGGAGGUGAGAUUGGGGUUACCACUGAGGUUUCGUCGGGUCAGGAUCAAAAUCAGACUGUGGGUGGUAGACAGUCUAGUUCGAGUGAGGGUACGGAGAGCACGCGGCAUUUGACGCAAGAAAGUCAGGGGAAGGUGGGUGUGCUAAGGACGGUGGAUGUUACUGUAGAGAUUGAGGAGCAUCAUCAUGACCAACUUUGA